AUGGCCCAGACUUCCCUCUGCCGUUGCUGCGCGCGCUGCCCUGUAGCUUGUGGGGCUCUUUGGUGUUUGUUGGACCGGCUGCUGCUCAAGGGCAGCGCCAACCAGGCCCGGGAGGAGCUGGACAACGACAGCGACGACGAAGACGAUGAGCUCGAUGAGACCCUGGCCGAGAGACUAUGGGGCCUAACGGAGAUGUUCCCCGAAAGGAUCCGCUCCGCCGUGGGAACUACUUUUGUCUUGUCCCUCAACGUGGCCCAGAAAAUGUAUAGGUUUUCCCGGACAGCGCUUUGGAUCGGAACGACCUCCUUUAUGAUCCUCAUCCUUCCGGUGGUCUUUGAAACCGAGAAGCUGCAGGUGGAGCAGCAGCAGCAGCUUCAGCAGCUGCAGCAGCGGCAGAUCCUUCUGGGCCCUAAGGCAGCUCUGGCUGGAGGGAUGCCGGGGACCCUGACUCCUCUGCCUAGAAAGGUUUAG